AUGUGCAAAUGUAGGAAUGUGACUCUGAGAACACCAAGAACUAGUCCGAAGAUGAAACGUCGCUUGACAACAGUACGGGAAGAGCCUAAGUCUUCUAAAAGUCUAUGUAACAGUGACCUAGCCAUUUAUACUAUGGUGGUGUCUACCGCAGUGUUAAGUUAUGUGAACAGUUUGAACGGUGAAUUUGUUCAUGAUGAUAUACCGGCGAUUGUAACGAAUGGUGACGUGGUAGGAACGAAUAGUUUGAAGCAGUUGUUCCUUAAUGAUUUCUGGGGAACGCCGAUGGCUGAUCCGAACAGUCAUAAGUCCUAUCGGCCACUGACGACUCUGUCUUUUAGACUGAACUACGCGUUAACGGGCUUAAAGCCGUGGUGGUGGCACGCUUGCAAUGUCUCGCUACACGCAGCGUGCUGUGCGCUCGUCGCGCGGGCCUGCGUCACCAUCGCAAGACUUCAACGCCCGUUCGCUGCACUUGCUGCGCUGUUGUUCGCAGUCCAUCCCGUACACACUGAGGCGGUAGCCGGCGUGGUCGGUAGAGCGGAUGUGCUCGCUUGCAUAUUUUUCCUAUCAUCGCUUUUAGUGUACCAUAGACCUACAAGCAAUAAGAAGUGUGUUUGGCUGAGCGUGGUCCUUGGAGCUCUCAGUAUGCUGGCUAAGGAGACAGGCGUAACAGUUCUACUGCUCAAUCUAGCGAUAGAUUUUUACAGAUGUUGGCCACUUGUCAAAAGGUCACUUUGUUCCUUGAAGAUCGACAAGAAAUGCACAGGGUUGUCAGUAAGGACGACGAAAGUUCUGGUCUCUCUAUCGUUGCUGGUCUGCCUUCGCCUUGCUCUGCUUCAAGGGACCUGGCCAACAUUUUCAGCUCAGGACAAUCCUGCUGCAUUCCACCCAAGUUUUUUUGUAAGAUUAAUGACCUUUUGCUAUUUGGCCGCCUUUAACUGGUGGCUACUCCUUUGUCCGUGGACCCUCAGCCACGACUGGCAGAUGGGUUCCGUUCCUCUCAUCACCAGCGGUUGGGACCCGAGGAAUUUUAUCACCUGUGCUGCUUUUGGGGCCUUGCUGCUUUUGUGCUAUAGAUGUAUUAGUGAUUUGGAGGUCCAAAGACACACCCCCGCUGUGAUUGGCUUGUUGCUGUUGGUGGUACCAUUUGUUCCAGCAAGCAAUCUCCUCGUCACUGUCGGGUUCGUCAUCGCAGAACGAGUUUUGUACAUACCGAGUGUCGGAAGCGUGAUAAUAACAGCGUAUGGCGUGCAACUCAUGUGGUACUCGAAGCCAGGUGCGAAGGCAGCGCUGGUGGUGGUGCUGGCGGUACUGGCCGCUAGUGGCGUGGCUCGCACACACCGCCGCAACGCCGACUGGCGGGAUCGAGCCACUCUAUUAAGAGCGGAUUUAGCGAGUUUACCUCAAAACGCGAAACUGCACUACAACUUCGGAAACUUUCUCCGUGAGACCGAACAGCAAGACAACGCUAUCAAACAUUACAAAGAAGCUUUGAGGUUAUGGCCGUCGUAUGCAAGUGCUCACAACAAUAUCGGUACGCUGAUCAACGCGGACAGUGCAGAACAGCAUUUUUUAAAAGCAAUCAAAUACAACAGGCACCACGUGAAUGCUCACUAUAAUCUUGGGAAAUUAUACAAAAAAAGCGGUCGUAUCAUACAAGCAAUCAAAAUGCUGGAACGCUGCAUAGUACUACAGCCGAGAUUCGUUCAAGCGCAAGUCGAACUUUUGUCUCUGAAGCCGGAAUCUGAGAAACCGAAGAUUUUGAAGAGACUGCUGGAAUUGGAGCCGAAUAAUUGGGAACAUUACGUGCUCUAUGGAAACUGGUUGAGUAAAAAAGGCUUACCGGGAGCCGCCGCCAAAUAUUUCCUUGAAGCCACGAGAUUAAGCUUCAGAAAUCGAAACGUCGAGAAACCUAUCAGAGGAGAUUUAAUCUCAUUUAGAUCAACGGCGCUCAUGUACAGGAGUUUGGGACAAAAGUCUAGGACGUUACAGCUAUUGACGAGGUGGCACACGUGGCGGCGCGGCUGGCCGAGCGCGGCGGCGGCGCACACGUACCUACGAGACUGGCGCCUCCGGCUCGAGCUAGAAGGCCGAGCGCUCGCCUACUCCAAAGCUGUCAACCCUACCAAAUCAACAACAUGCUUCGACCAUAGGCAGCUCGCAGUCGGUGCAACCGAAGCAGAAGUGACAACAAACAAUGAAGAAUUAGUUAAAAGUGAUGAAAUCGUUAAAAGUGAUGAACGAGACGUUACAAAAAGUGUUUCGGUGGACAAUACGUGCGAUAAUAAAACGUGCGGAUUAAAAAAACGUAAUCUAUCAAUAUCGACGCAAAUUAAAACAACACACAACAAAUCGGAAAUCGGACUCAAGCAAAAGAAGUGUAUGAUGCAUAGGAAACAAAAAAAUAUCAAAAAUAAUGAUGUGAUAGCGGAUAUAGCGGCACCGCUUGCUGAGCAUAUUUUAAUGAAGACAUUUUAA